CCAGGAGGACAAUAAAAUGGAGGGAGCUGAAGGUGAAGAAACACAGUUAAUCGACUGCAGCUCUCUGAGAAGCUACAUCAACGCAAGUACAAAACAUUGCAUUGAACGUUCAAGAGGACUCAAACAUGUCCAGAUGCAGAGGAUACCUGUUUACUUGUUUGGUGGCCAUUGUUUUGAAAUGUCUGUUGUAUGAGACAGUCCAAGCAAGCAAAGUCAACUGUGUGAAGGAAAAAGACACUGUCUUGCUUCUGAAGAAAGUCACAGGAUUUAACGGAUCUAAACACACCGGAAGUGGAGAUAUAAAUCAACGCUCUUUAUCUCCAUGGACUUGGAGGUGGAAUCAUGACAGUAUGAGGAUUCCUCGCUCUAUCCCCGAGGCAGUCUGUCCUGAUAAGUGCAUCAGCAUUUCAGGAGUACCAGAUGACACACUGAACUCUUUAGAAAUUCAUCAGCAAAUCCUCGUUCUCAAGAUAAAUGAAACCAGGGGAUGCUUGCCCGUUUACAGGGUGGAAACUUUGAAUGUCACAGUAGGGUGCACUUGCGUAAACCCAAUGGUUAUAUACUCAUGAUUGUUUAAGGAAAUGUUUCAGAAACAACAAAUGCAUAUGUUUUAGAUUCAUUUACAUUUUGUUGACUACUUCAGCCCAAGAAAACAACAUACAUAAAAAGCAGGUGGCGAAUGUGAUGGCUGUAGCUCAUUGCACUGGGGAUAUAUUUAAUGUUGACUUUAGUAAGUAAGAUAAACUGAACAGUGAAACCAUACAGUAUACAGACAUUUUAUUUUUUUUUAUAUAGUGCAAUGUGCAACACACUGACAAAAAUCCCUCCACAACAGAUAUGCAACAUUAACUCAGAUAAACCAAGAGGCAGAUCUAAAUACGUAGAGUGCUGGGCUUUAAGUAGUCAAAAAUGUAUAUGGUGAAGUGCAUUACGAUUAAGUUAUUAUCUUAUUUAUUUAUAGUUAUUUGUUGUACAGUAAAAGUGUAGCAUUGUUUAUUUAUAUAUUUAUUGACUGUAUAACAUUUCAGAGCAGUAAUCAUAUUCCUUUAUAGAUUUACACUUGAUAAUUAAUUGGCUGUUCUAAUCCCAACUGACCUCCAAUAUUUCAGCUCUGCUUAUAACUUGAGUUGUAUUGAUUUUUAUUCUGCUUUUCCUAUAACUCACACUUCAAUUGUGCAAAACAACUGUG